AUGGCAGUGAAUCGUGAGGUUUCGCAACCACUCAUGCCAAUUUUUACUGGUGAAAAGUAUGAGUUUUGGAGUAUGAAAAUGAAAAAUCUUUUCAAAUCGCAGGGGGUUUGGGAGCUGGUGGAAGCAAGCUUUGUGGAUCAAGCAAGCUCUGACAAGGAGGCAGACAAAUUGAAAGGGAUCAAAAAGAACGACGCCAAAGCAUUGUUCCUGAUUCAACAAGCAGUGCAUGACACAAUUUUUGCAAGAAUUGCAGCAGCAACUACAUCUUCGGAGGCAUGGAAUAUUUUGAAAAAGGAAUUUCAAGGUUCAGCCAAGGUGAUUACGGUAAAAUUGCAGACUUAUCGUCGUGACUUUGAAACUCUUUUUAUGAAAAGUAAUGAAUCUAUUCAGACAUAUUUGUCUAGAGUUUAUUCUCUUGUUAAUCAAAUGAAGUCUUAUGGUGAAGAUAUAUCUGAGGAAAUUGUUGUAGCAAAAGUUUUAAGGAGUCUUACUCCAAAGUUUGAACAUAUUGUUGCCGCGAUAGAGGAAUCUCAUAAAUUAUCUGAUUAUACUUUUGAUAAACUAAUGAGUUCUUUGCAAGAUCAUGAAGAGAGGAUCGUAAGGUCACAUGAGAAAAAUGAAGAGAAAGUAUUUCAGGUAAAGGGGGAGUCCACUCCUAAAGAGGAUAAGUUAGAAAACUUUGCAAAUCGUGGCCGAGGCAGAGGUGGCUUUCGAGGAAGAGGUCAUGGAAGAGGCCAAGGAAGGAGUCAAGAUAGAGGAGGAUCAAAUGAAGAGAAGCAUAACAGAAUGUUUCUAUGCAAUUACUGCAGAAAAUUAGGUCAUAAAAAAGCUUAUUGCUGGCAAAAACAAAAGGAUGAAAAUAGCCAAGCAAGCUUUGCGGAGGAAAAUGAUGAUGAAA